UGAUGAUGAUGAAAACUGCGUAGACAAAACGCGACAAACAUUGGCAUCUUUGUGUAAGUGUCCGAGCACAGUAGACAUAACGUGUGUGUGUGUCUUUGAGCUGCAGACAUGUCUGUCCUGCGGUGCCUCUGUGCUUCAACCAGAAGACACAUCGUCUCUUCGAGUCUAACGGUGGACCGGGUCUUUACAGGGUGUUCACGAGCAGCCGGCGGAGCGGCGACGGACAAGGAGCCGCUGAAGAAAGCGAAAACCCCGCAGGGUCGGUUUGACAGCACCGAGGAGAAGAGCAGAGAUGUCCUAGAAAAGUUCCCUGAUGACGUGAACCCUGUAACCAAGGAGAAGGGGGGGCCUCGGGGUCCAGAACCCACCCGCUACGGAGACUGGGAAAGAAAGGGCCGCUGUGUCGACUUCUAGUUCUCUACCCAUAAAUCUGAUGUAACUCAGCUGCAUUAUGGAGAUGUAGAGUCAGUUACCAGUUUUUAAACCAUUGAUUGUUUUUGCUGUAAAGGUCAGAAAAAGUGUUUCAGAUCAGAAGGUGAGAGGAAGAUGUAAACUGUUUCUGACUAUGACUUUGUUAAUACUUAUAAACAUACAUGUUGGACAACGAAACUAGUUUAGCACAAGUGUACUUGAAGCGUGUCCUGGCUGUUAAUGUUAUGCAUUUUGUUUGGGGAAAAAAAUGUCAUCAGAAAUCUAAUAAGUGAAGCUCUGAGACAUUUUGCACACGGAUGUUUUUGUGUUGCACGUGAGACUGUUCCUGUGUCCUCAACGUUAAGAUCAAUAAAAGGAAAAGUGAUUCUAUGUA